GAUGCUGUAAACUUGACACGUGGUAACGAACUGCCUGGAGUUGGAGGGGCUUGAAACACCCCCAAAAUUGACAGGUUGCAGGGAGACUGUCUGAAGGACUCCUACAGGAGAGAAGUGUGAGUUUUUGUAUAUUUAGAACAGCACCAGCACCAAACAUAUCGAGGAGAGACCCACACAGUGAAAAGAUAAAGGCGAUAAAUAAAGGAUCUAGAACAGUGCCUUAGGAUGAAGUUGAGUCUCACCAAAGUGGUUAAUGGCUGUCGCCUAGGAAAAUUGAACAACGUGGGUAAAACUGGAGCCGGCACCAUGGACAUCCCAGGCUGCCUCCUGUACACCAAGACCGGCUCUCCCCCACACCUGACCCAACACACGCUGCGUAAUAUCCACGGGGUUCCUGCCAUGGCGCAGCUCACUCUGUCCUCACUGGCAGAACAUCACGAAGUCUUGGCAGAAUAUAAGGAAGGCGUUGGAAAGUUCAUAGGCAUGCCAGAGUCUCUCUCCUACUGCUCCCUGCAUGAUCCAGUCAGCCCUUGUCCCGCCGGUUACAUAACAAACAAGUCUGUGUCUGUGUGGGGUGUUGGAGGACGAGUGGAACUGACCGCCGACAAAUUCAUGGCGGUCCAGCGGGCGCUGCAGCCAGACUGGUUCCAGUGCCUCUCAGACGCGGAGGCAUCUCGUGCAGAAGCAACUUCUGUCAAAAGAGCCAGGAAGUCUGUUGACCGCUCACUUCUGUUCCUGGAUAAUUGCCUGCUGCUGCAGGCGAGUUCAGAGGUCCUUCAGAAAAGUGUGAUCAUUGGAGUGAUUGAAGGUGGAGAUGUGAUGGAAGAGAGGCUGAGAUCAGCACGAGAGACAGCCAAGAGGCCUGUAGGUGGCUUCCUUCUGGAUGGCUUUCAGGGUGAUCCGAUGACCAAGGAGACUGGUCUGCACUUGCUGUCUUCAGUCACUGCUGAGCUGCCGGAGGACAAGCCAAGGCUCAUCUGUGGUGUCAGCCGGCCAGAUGAAGUGCUAGCAUGCGUUGAAAGAGGAGUGGACCUGUUUGAGAGUUUUUUCCCUUUUCAAGUGACAGAGCGGGGCUGCGCCCUGACGUUCAGCUUUGAUUACCAGCUGGAUCCUGAAGAGACGCUGUUACAACAAAAUGGGACACCAGAGGAAAUAAAAUAUCUGGGCCCAACAAGGAACAUUGAAACAACUGAAAGCACUCAAGAAAUGACAUCAUUUGAAAUUAAUCUGAAGGAAAAAAGGUACCAGGCGGACUUUGACCCGCUGGUGAGCGGGUGUGGCUGUUACUGCUGCCGGAAUCACACGCGGGCGUACAUCCACCAUCUGCUGGUGACCAACGAACUGCUGGCCGGCGUCCUGCUUAUGAUGCACAACUUUGAGCACUACUUUGGAUUUUUCCAGUCCAUCCGAGAAGCACUGAGAAAGGACCAGUGGGUGCAGCUGAAAGAGCGCAUCCUCAUGCAGUCAUCGUGAGAGCUGACUUCUUUUUGUAAAUGAUAUUUUAUGUUGUAGGUGACAGUUGACACACAAAUUAGAUUUCCCUUGUUUUGUUUUUUUUUAUACGAGUUGUUCUGGGUUGCAACCUUUACAGCAGUUGACAUUCUGCUUGUUCCAUUCCGGUUGAUCUAGCUUGCCUUCCCCUCUCUACUUUUGGAUCCAUGUUGGCCAUUUGAGCUCAUAGAGUUAAUUGCUGAAGGGAGCACAUUACGCACCAGUGAUACUUAGUUUAUAAGGCAGUCAGUCUGUGUUUGGCUAAAAGGUAACCUGGAGAAAUAGCUUCAAGUUCCAAGGUUAUUAGGGCAAUAGUCUUGAGGGUUCUUCCUGUGUCUAUUGGCCUUUUUUUUUUUUUUUAAGAAUAGCUGUUCUCUGCAUGUUUUCCUUCCAUUUUUCCUGGGACCUUCUAUCGUGUGGUCAGGACAGUUGGUAGUGGUCGCCAGGUCCCAUCUCGUUCUGGUCUCGGGUUAGAAGGUGUUAUGGUUCAUGUGGGCUAUUAGUUCCACGCACUGGUUUCUUGGAGCCUUUGAGUCCCUUCACGGUUUUCUGCUGGAUCCGGACAGAAGCCAGCAGUUGUCUCUGAUGGCUCUUCACAAGCUUUUAAGACCCCAAACGCUGCUCUCCAAACUAGCACGUGGAACAUUAUCACUGUGAACUCUGCUCUGACGAUGGACUAAGUGGUCCGUCCAAGUCGGUGGCCCCAGGCCCUAUUGCUCAGUAAACCAAUCCCGUGGGUUGUGUGGAAAUGUCUAAGGAGCCUCUGGGACUUGCUUCCUGUGUGCUUUAAUAUAUACAGGGAGGCUUCACAAAGUCUGUGGGAAAUGGAGUGAAACAAUAAUAGAAUUUUUCCACACGGUUUUUUGAAGCCCCCUCACAUUCUCAAAGGGCCCUUUGGGACUCUGCCAUCUUCUGAGCAGUCCCGCCAAUCAACAGGUCACCUCUCGUGUGACUUAACCAGCAUCGUCUCUUUGGACCACGUCGCUCCCCUGACCAGUUGGUCCAGGGCCCAGUCCUUCAUUUGGCCACGGGCUUUAUUUGUGACUCUGGCUAGAGUUGCCAUCCUUGUCUGUCAGGAGCUGAGUGUUUGCCGGGCUGUUUCCUCUGGCCGUACAGACCACUGUGGCCUGUCCUCCAGCCUCAGGAUUCAGUCUAAGCCUGGACUUGCUGCCCCGCGCUCGCAGUUUUUGCGUGCUGUGACCAAGCCCUGCCUGGGCAACUACAGGAUUAGGUUUCAGCAGAGCUGGGCGGUACGCCUGGACAGGUCACUUAGUCUCCCCUGAUGCUCUCCUCCUGAAUAAAUGAGGAAAAGCAGAGUGGAUAGGAUGUAAUGAACCUUUGAGAUUUCAUCUCGCUCUACAAUUUGGGAAACAGAAAGGUGUAGGUUAGGAUUAUAACCUUCCUGCUUGCCUCUUUCUUGAUUGCUAGCAGCCUGAUUGGAAGUUUAGCCAUGCAGGAUCAGGUGACAGUCGCAUGCAUGCGUCUAGACGGACAGUUCGCCUUCUGUAAAUAGUGAGUUCUAAGCUAAGGUGACCGGACGUCCCGCUUUUGGCGGGACAGUCCCGAUUUUUAACAAUGUUUCCCGCGUCCUGCGGCGUUUUUAAAAAG